AUGCCAUUGAGGAUGUGUCUAUUCAUCGACGGCCUGGACGAAUAUGACAGCAAUCACGCGGAACUCUGUCAAGUCCUCCUUGAUAUGGCCAAGUCUCCCCACGUCAAGAUAUGUCUAUCUAGCCGUCGGUGGCCAGUCUUCGAGAGGAGCUUCGGCCAAGAUGGUCAGGAGAGUCUUGAUAUCCAUGAGCUGACGCGGGACGAUAUUCGGAAAUUCGUCAACGACCAGCUGCAGACUGACCAACGAUGGACUGCCGAGGCGUCCGGUGGCGUCACCCUAGCGAAAGCCGAGCUCGUAAACCGAAUCGUCGCCCAAGCUGACGGCGUAUUUCUCUGGGCGUUCUUUGUGACUAGAUCCUUUCGAGAGGGCCUGUCCAACGGCGAGAUGAUUGAAUAUCUCGUUCGACGCUUCAGCCAACUACCGUCAGACUUGGACCAGUUGUUUCAACACAUGUUAGACAGUGUGGAUCCUGCCGAUCAUCGCACGAUGGCAGGCAUCUUACAGGGCGCGGUGCACGCACUGGAACCGCUUCACAUUGAUCUCUACCACCAGCUGGAAAAAGAAUUACAGGGCCGCCAUUCCAUGUUGCAGAGCUCGGAACAGCUUGGGUCCGUCCAGAGCGUUGCCCUCCGGAGAGAGCAGACGGUCCGCAACAUCAAUCAGAAGACAAAGGGCCUGCUCAAGCUGGUUUAUGAUCGAUUUGAGUUCCUUCAUAGGACCGUCAAGGACUUCGUCUCGACAAAAGAUGUUGGCGACUAUCUCCGCAGCAAGCUGCCGUCCGACUACAAUGGCUUCACAUCCAUCGCAGGAGCGUACCUCGGGUAUCUCAGAGGCACAAGACAGAAAAGCUCGCUUGUCGUAGACGUUAUCAGGCAGGGACGGGGGUUGAACAGCGGCCCGCUCAUUUCGCAUCUGAACCAAGCCCUGUUUUACGCGUCGGAAGCGCUCAAACAAGCCGAGCAGCCUGGUUCUACCCAGUGCCAGCAGGUUGAGAAGCUCCUAGAUGAGUACGAAGCCGCCAUCGUGGAAAUGGUCAGCUUCGGCCAUGUGACUGUCAGGGGCGUCAACUCUCAUCGUCUUGACGCGAGGCUGUUGUUUCGCGAGGAGCUCCUUCGCCACGAGCUGUCGCCUUAUCUGGCAAAAAAGAUCGCCGAGCAGCCAGAUUUCUUCGACGCAUUCGACGAGUCGCCGCUGUUUGCAGCGCUUAUGCCCAUGUCCCGUGACGGGGGUGAGAGUCCUGGGCCCUCAUCAGAAGUCCUCGACAUUCUUCUCGGAGGCGGUGAGGAUCCCAACUUGCUACCUCGACAGUUGGAUGUUCCAAGCGCGCUUGAUGCACCCUCGCCGUGGGUGCUUUUUGCGCGGAGUACAAUGUCGGUUUUCAACAUGCUAUCGGGACCGUGCAUGUUCCCUGCCCUGCGAUGGAACGACUCCUUGAGGAAUGCCACCUUCAGUCGAUUGUUGUCCCACGGCGCCAAUCCCAAUCAACCUCUACUGGACCGUCCUGCGGCACGUACCGUCUUCUCGCAUUUCCUGGAUAUAGCUCUAUCCAAGUUCCUUGGCGAAGAGUGUUUCGAAGACUACCUCAGGACCCUGGACACCUUCCUGCGAGCAGGUGCUAGUCUUGGUGUGCCAGAGAUCAACAGAUUGGAGAGUCCAAAUUUUGAGCCGGCGUUUGGAAACCUUGCGAGAAGACGUCCAGAGGAAACGGUGCUGGCGUCUUUCUGUAACGAACUGAAGGGACUUACAGCGAAGUUGGCGGCCGAUUCACGGAGAGCCACUUUUGUCGCCUCGGUAUUGGAGAAAGUCAUUCUGCACUGUUGUCGUAGAGAGGAAGAUCUGGAGAAGUUGCGUUUGGCAAUUUCUCAAGGUUGCCCUGCAAAUGUUGCCGUGCCCCUACAGCAGUUGAUCGAUUCUGAGAGCAGUCUCUCAGGAGAACGCUCAUCAAAGCGAAAGAGACUCCCAAAGCAAUCCGAGGAGGCUAGUAUCGAAUCGUAUGUCAUCAAGACGAAGCACUUAAAGGGGGAGUAA